GUUCCGGCGGCAGCCGCGGCGGCUAAGCACCUCUGGGAAGGGGUAGGCGCGGGGGCGGUAGUUACUUGCUGGAUGCAGGCGCGGGUCAUGUGACCGGAAGGGCUCCUGACGGACGCCGUCCCUCCUCGGCGCGGCCUGAGCGCCCGGCCCGACCCCCGCCAUGGGGUGCUGCUACAGCAGCGAGAACGAGGACUCGGACCAGGACCGAGAGGAGCGGAAGCUGCUGCUGGACCCUAGCAGCCCACCCACCAAAGCCCUCAAUGGAGCCGAGCCCAACUAUCACAGCCUGCCUUCCGCUCGCACCGAUGAGCAGGCACUGCUCUCCUCCAUCCUCGCCAAGACAGCCAGCAACAUCAUCGACGUAUCUGCUGCAGACUCCCAGGGCAUGGAGCAGCACGAGUACAUGGACCGGGCGAGGCAGUACAGCACCCGCCUGGCUGUGCUGAGCAGCAGCCUGACCCAUUGGAAGAAGCUGCCGCCGCUGCCGUCCCUCACCAGCCAGCCUCACCAAGUGCUGGCCAGCGAGCCUGUCCCGUUCGCCGACUUGCAGCAGCUAUCUUGUACAUAGCCAUUAUUGCAGCUAAAACCCUGUGAAACAUGGACUACAUCAAUCAGAAGUGACGCUGUGCAUAAUAAAGGAGGAUCACGGCAAGUGGGUGUGUGCUAUGAGAGAACAAAUGGGAGUUACUGUUGUAGCUGACGGCAACCCAAGUAGUAAGUACCCUAAACCCAAACCCAAGUAGUAUCCAGUACCCUUGAUAACUAUUCAUGUGCUUCCUGAACUUAAAGGUGGCCGCUGCUUGCCUAAGAGAGUCGACCAAAGCCAGAUAAUGGCUCUAGGUUAUGUUGAUGCCAACCUGUGUUCUGUGAAGGCAGACGUACUGAUGUGUUUAUGAGAGCAGAUAACAAAGACAGCAGAACUUCCCUGGGAAGAAGCACAUUCUCUUGAGAAUAUGAUCUUGAUGAGAGCCUCCCUCUGUCCCCUCCUGAAAGGUACUAGCUGCCCAUUUACACACACACUGAAUGAUAAAACAGGAAUGAGCGUGGGCAGUGCUGGGACCUGUAAUAAGUGUGGGUGAUAAUGGAAUAAAUUUGGAUAUGACUGAAAUGAAUAUAAAAUUUGUCAAUAAAUAUUUAGACUGGAAACAUGCCAGUUUGUUAAUAACAAGACCUUACAUGUUUUACCAGUGAUCAGAACAGGCUUGUGUCCUCAGAGUGGGUUCUGCCUGUUGGCUGGACUCUGUAGCAGCCUGUGUUUUCCUUUCAUUAGUCUCUUCUCUCCAGG